CAACUUGAUUACCGACUUGGCGACUUUUGGGCAGGAAUCAAGCCAAUAGAACUAUAAAUGGCGGCCUCAGCGCCAGGCCCCAGAAAGGCGAGCGCUCGGAUUCUUGGGUUCAUUUGUUUGUUCUUUCCUUUGGAGGAACGCUAGCAAACGCCGUCUUUUCGAGAAGCACCAUGUCGUCGUCGAAGAAGAUCACCCUGAAGAGCUCGGACGGCGAGGCCUUCGAGGUCGACGAGGCCGUGGCGCUCGAGUCGCCGACGAUCAAGCACAUGAUAGAGUACGAUUGCGCCGACAACGGAUUCCCUCUCCCGGACGUGACGAGCAAGAUCUUGGCCAAGGUUAUCGAGUACUGCAAGAAGCACGUCGAUGCGGCGAACCCCGAGGAGCGCACGUCUGAUGACGAUCUCAAGGCAUGGGAUGUCGAGUUCGCGAUGGUUGACUCGGACACUCUAUUCGAUCUCAUUCGGGCUGCAAACUAUUUGAAUAUCAAGAGCCUUCUGGAUUUGGCAUGCCAGACUGUAGCAGACAUAAUCAAGGGAAAGACGCCAGAGGAGAUCCGCAAGACCUUUAACAUAAAGAAUCAGUUCACCCCGGAAGAAGAGGAAGAGGUUCGUCGGGAGAACCAGUGGGCAUUUGAAUGAUGAUGAUGUAUUGGGCGAUACUGUGGAGUUGAAAGUGGUUUGUGGUAUAUUUUGUGGGUUUAUGUUAAGUAUAGUUAUUCUAAUUUUACCUUUCUCUGUUUGAAGCACUUUCGUUCCCAAAAAAUUGGAGUACUUUGAAAUGUAAAUAAUAUUUGGAUUCUGAUGGGGGAAUUUGUAGUAGUUGCUCCUGCUAUCAAUUCAAUUCCUCUAUCAGUUCAACUCCUGAAA